AUGCAGCUCGCCCGUUUUUAUACUGCCGCCCUCGCCGUCUUGUCAUUUGCGCCGAGCAAUGUCUUUGCUCUACCGGCAACUACUCAGCCCAACAAUAUCCUUGCCGGCCUGCCGACUCAGCCUGCCAACCCUCCCCCCAAAAUCCAGUAUGACCUCUGCAAAGUUCUUCUUUGGAAAGACAAGAAGGAGAAAUUUGGAAACGAGGGAAUUAGCUCUGGAUUUGGAUCACCGGGAAAUACAGUAAGAGUGUGGAUGCACCCGGGACUGGCAGCUGUUUUUCAACUAUCAGAGGAGGGCUGCGAAGGAAAGUUUAUUGGCGGCGAGCUAGACCAAGGCAAAACCCGAACACCUUUGAGCAAAGGGGACCCUAGGCUUAUGGAAGCACUCAAAGAUUACAAGGGAGCAGUAUUUCCCGAGCCCCAUGGAGAUGCGACAAUGAUAAAAUGGUAG